AUGUCGCGAUCAUCAUCGAAUGAAACUUACGAACUGUUCAUCGACGAUUAUGAUGACUACUAUAACGAACCAAUGGUCGCUUGGCCUAAUCCCUGUCCAACACCACCGCCAUCUCCACCCUAUCCUUACGCUUACCCUUACCAAGCUAACCCACUUACUGAUUGGGUUCCUUCUGGUGUCUGGACCCCAAUCCUUAUCCUUGGGGAUGGAAUCCUUGGACCCCUUGCCUUCCCGAGCCGUAUGUCUGGACCAACUAUGGGACAAAUACUAUGUUCACUCCCCCUCCUAGCCCCGUCACUAUUCCACCUGGGAGUAUUUUGA